UUCAAAACACUCCAACUGAAACAAAAAUGAAAAAUAUCCAUGUUCUAGCUAUACCAUAUCCAGCACAAGGCCAUGUGAUGCCUCUUUUGGAGGCAGCUCGGUGCUUCACCAGCAACGGUCUCAAGGUCACGUUUGUGAACACGGACUUCACUCACAAACGGGUUAUGAUGAGUGCGGGUGCAAAUAUCGAUUGUCCAAGUGAUUUGAUGCAUAUGGUUUCGAUCCCGGAUGGGAUGGAACCAUGUGAUGACAGGAAUGACCUUGGGAAGUUGACAAAAUCAAUGUUUCAACUCAUGCCCGCCAAACUAGAAGAGCUGAUAAAUGAUAUUAACAAAAAUGAUGACGAGAAAAUUACGUGCAUCGUUGCUGAUUAUUGCAUGGGAUGGGUGCUAAGAGUUGCACGGAAGAUGGGUAUUAGACUAGCACUCUUUUGUCCCAGCUCGGCUGCAGUUUUGGCCUUGUCCAUGAGUGUUCAGAAGCUGAUAGACGAUGAAAUUAUAAACAACAGCGGAGUACCUUUGAAGGAUCAAAUGGUUCAGCUGUCAGCAUCCAUGCCACUCAUGGACCCUGCAAAUUUUGUAUGGGCGUGUGUAGGCGACUCGGUCACUAAUCAAAUUAUCUUCGAGUACCUAAUUCUUGAAGUUAAGAAAGCAGCAGAAGCAGCAGACCACAUAAUUUGCAAUUCAACUAUGGAGCUAGAGACUGGGGCAUUCACUCUAUUUCCAAAGAUGUUGCCAAUUGGUCCACUUUUGGCUACCAACAGAUCCACAAGGCAAGUAGGCCACUUCUGGAAUGAAGACACUACUUGCUUAACAUGGCUUGAUCAACAGCCGGUAGGCUCGGUCAUCUAUGUGGCAUUUGGGAGCUUCACAAUUUUUGACCAACAUCAGUUUGAAGAGCUGGCACUGGCACUUGAAGACACGAAGAAGCCAUUCUUGUGGGUUGUUCGACCUGGUCCAAGUGGCAGCAUGGAUUAUAUCUUCCCAAGCGGUUACUUGGAUAGAAUAGGCACUCGAGGAAAAUUGGUCAGCUGGGCACCUCAGCAGGAGGUCCUAAACCACCCAUCGGUGGCUUGCUUCAUGAGUCAUUGUGGUUGGAACUCUACAAUGGAAGGCGUUAGCAACGGCGUUCCUUUCGUGUGCUGGCCAUACUUUGCUGAUCAGUUUUUUAACAAAACAUACAUAUGUGAUAUCUGGAAAACCGGUUUGGGUUUGAACAAAGAUGAAACGGGAAUUGUUACCCGAGGAGAAAUCACAAGUAAAUUGGAGCAGCUGCUCAGCAACAUCAUGAUCAAAGAAAAUGCCUUGAGUUGGCAAGAAAAAGUAAUGGACUGUGUGGGAGCAGGACAUUCCUUAAACCAAAACCUCAACAAAUUCAUUGAUUGGGUAAGGGAAGGAAAUGACCAUGCUCAAGUACAAGAAACCUGCAAAUGAUAUAUGAUUCACAAGAUUUAUGUUCGGUUGUGGUUCACAGACUAUACAUGAUUUCCUUAGUUUCAUGUAUGUUUCCUAGUUCCUAUUAGUUUUGUGUUUACCUUGUUUGCAUGUAUGUUCUCUAUCCCAUUGUUUCCUUUCAUUGUUUGCAUGUAUGUUCUCUACUACUAAGUGUAUUUAUAUAAUGGUAAAGCUGAUGCAAAUUGGUAUCA